AUGGUCCAGUCUGAUGUGGUUAAAGGGUUAUAUGUACGAGAGGUACAGACACUGUCAGCAAAAGAGAGCGGCUACCAUUUCUCGGUGCUAAAUACAUCUGUCGAACAACUGGAGGAGUUUGACAUUGAUGUGUUAGGUAAAGGAAUGGAAGUACACGCACCAAUGUUAUGGAAUUUGCUUGAUAGACUGCUUUCGGCGAGGGGAAAGGGACAAAAGCGAGACAGCGGAGACCCGCAAGUUGGUAAGGAUGAUGUUAGUGAAGACGAAGAGGCUCUUUGGGAGGAACUAGGUGACUUCUUGGAUCUGGAGGAAAUUGUAGACGGAUUCGAGGGGAACAUGUCGAAGAAAAAGAACAGGAUCAUAGCACAGCGAAAUGAGUUGACUACAAUUAAAAAGGUCGUUAUUCUGAGUAUAUUGAUGCAAAGCUCGAACCGAAAUUCAAACGCGCUGCAGAGCAUCGUUGGCAUAUUCCUGCAGUCAGUCCACACACCCCAAAAGGUCAUCGACACACUAUCGAAAAUGGGUGUUAGCGUGUCCGUCGAUGCAAUAAAUGCAGCAGUACUGUCGUUGCUUGCCAAAGCGCUCGGGAGCGAGUGCUCGUAA